CUGCUCGCUUGGCGGCAGCCAUGGCGGCGCGCUUCAGCGGGGUGCUGCAGCUGACGGAUCUGGACGAUUUCAUCGCCCCCUCGCAGGAAUGCAUCAAGCCUGUCAAAGUGGACAAAAAGCCUGGAAAAGCAGCAGCCAAGAUCAGAAUUGAAGCUGAUGGAAGCUAUUUCCAGGUCAAUCAGGAUGGGGAAGCCCAAAAGCUGGAGAAGGCCAAAAUCACCCUGAAUGAUUGCCUGGCCUGCAGUGGCUGCAUCACCUCAGCUGAGAGUGUCCUGGUGAGCCAGCAGAGCCACGGGGAGCUCUGCAAGGUGCUGGCCCUCAACAAGGCUGCUGCUGCCCACGAGCAGAAGCUGGUGGUGGUUUCUGUGUCCCCCCAGUCCAGAGCCUCCCUGGCUGCAAGGUGCAAACUGGGGCUGCUGGAGACAGCCCAGAAGCUGAGCACCUUCCUCAAGGGCUUAGGUGUGCACCACGUGUUUGACACAACCUUCUCCAGGAACUUCAGCCUCCUGGAGAGCCAGCAGGAGUUUGUGAGGCGCUUCCAGAGACAAGCAGAGGACAAACAGGCCCUGCCCAUGCUGGCCUCUGCCUGCCCAGGCUGGAUCUGCUAUGCAGAGAAAACCCACGGCAGCUUCAUCAUCCCCCACAUCAGCACCACCAAAUCCCCCCAGCAGGUCAUGGGCUCCCUGGUCAAGGGCUACUUUGCAGAGCAGCAGCACCUGCCCCCUGACAGGAUCUACCACGUCACUGUCAUGCCCUGCUAUGACAAAAAGCUGGAGGCCUCCAGGCCAGACUUCUUCAACCAGGAAUACCAGACCAGGGAUGUGGAUUGUGUCAUCACCACAGGAGAAGUGCUGAAGCUGCUGGAGCAAGAAGGAGUGUCCUUGUCAGAUGUAGAUCCUUCUCCCCUGGACACCAUGCUCGGCAGGGCUGCGGAGGAGCUGAGCUCGCACCGCGGCGGCGGCUCGGGCGGCUUCCUGGAGCACAUCUUCAUCCACGCUGCCCGGGAGCUCUUCGGCGUCCACGGGGCCUCCAUCCACUACAGACCUCUCAAGAACAAGGACUUCCAGGAGGUGACCCUGGAGAGGGAUGGGCAGGUCCUGCUCCACUUUGCUCUGGCCUAUGGGUUCAGGAACAUCCAGAACCUGGUGCAGAAGCUGAAGAGAGGGAAGUGCCCCUAUCACUACGUGGAGGUCAUGGCCUGUCCCUCAGGCUGUCUGAAUGGAGGAGGGCAGAUCAAACUGGAGGGGGAAUCCAGCAAGGAGGAGCUGCAGCAGGUGGAGAGGUUGUAUGAAUCGCUGAGGGCUGAGAGCCCAGAGGAGAACCAGGCAGUGAGGGAGCUCUAUGAGCACUGGCUGGGGGGCUGGGGCUCAGAGAGGGCCCUGCAGGUGCUGCACACACAGUACCACGCUGUGGAGAGAGCCAGCUCUGCCCUCAGCAUCAAAUGGUGAGAGCUGCCCUGCCCAGGAGACCCUCAGUGCCUUCUGAACUCCACUGCUGAUCCUCCAGGGACUCUGUGCAGCUCCUGCCUCUGGGAGAGGGCCUGGCACUGCUCAAUCCUCCAGCUGGAGGGGAUGGGAUGGGAAUAAACCCCA